AUGGGUCCAGAAAAACAGUCAAACCUCACCCUGUCGCCAGGCACACAGGAGAAAUCAACAAGCGGCGUGACGACUCCAGACCUCAUUACCGACGAGAAGGAAGGCCGAAGAAGCUAUCAGCCAAGCCUCACAAGCCAAACACCCGACGAUGCACCCCUCGAGGUCUUUGCCUCAGGCAUGACCCUCAUACCCAUCAUCAUCGCCCUCGUCUGCUCAGUCCUCCUCGUCGCCCUCGACAUGACCAUCAUCGGCACCGCGAUCCCCAAAAUUACAGACGAGUUUGACGGCCUGAAUAUGGUUUCUUGGUACGGGAGUGUUUAUUUCAUGACGUUUGGCGGAUUUCAACCAGCUUCGGGCAAGUUCUUCAAGUACUUCCCGCUCAAGGCAAGCUACCUCGGGUCCAUCUUUGUAUUCGUCAUUGGCAGCUUGAUCUGUGCGGUUUCGCAGAAUUCGGUGACGUUUGUGGUGGGACGGGCGUUUGCUGGUGUGGGUGCUGCGGGUGUGUCGACGGGUGCGUUCACGCUUAUUACGUUUGUUGCAGAACCGAAGGGCAACGUGGAGGUGGUGGGCGCUGACAAGUAUAGUUUCUGGAUCAAUCUUCCGGUUGGUAGCCUCUCGGCGCUCCUGAUCUUCAUCUUCUUCAAGACGCCGCCUCAAGCGGCCCCGGUGAAGGCGACAUGGAAGGAGAAAUUCCUUCAACUUGAUCCGCUCGGUGUGGCUCUUAUUAUGGGCGGCAUCAUCUCGUUCAUCCUCGCCAUGGAGAACGGAGGCCAGAAAAAGGCGUGGAACAGCAGCACUGUCAUUGGACUCCUUGUUGGCUUCGUACUCAUCUGGGCUGCGUUCGGAUUUUGGGAGUACUACAACAACGAUCGAGCUAUGCUGCAGCGCAACGUCAUCAGCAGACGCUCAGUCUGGCAGCCAUCGAUCUUCCAGUUCUUCUUCGCAGCCGGAUACUUUGUUCUUCUGUACUAUCUUCCCAUCUACUUCCAAAGCGUCGACAACCGGACUGCAAUCUCUUCUGGAGUGCUCAACUUGCCGCUUGUUCUCUCGCUGGCACUUGGUAGCACGUUCGCCGGAAUUGUCGUCAUGAAGACGGGUUAUGCGGCGGCCUUCAUGAUGGCCGGAGUCGUCCUAUCGACUAUCAGUAUGGGCUUGAUCUACACAUUCGACAUCGGCACAUCCGUCGCGACAUGGAUUGGAUAUCAGACAUUGUACGGCUUUGCGCUUGGGAUGACGUUCCAGAUGGGCAUUACCAUCGCACAAGCAAAUUCCACCCCGGAGAUCAUGUCAUCGGUAACAGCGACCGUUCUCUUCUUCCAAACCGUCGGCGGCGCCUUCUCGACUUCCGCCGCACAAUCCGGCUUCGUGAACCGCGUCCUGACAACGCUCGCUAAGACAGCGCCCAACAUCAGUCCCGAGAUGGUCAUCGGCACAGGAGCGACACAAAUCCGACACGCCUUUCCAGCGGAGCAAGUUCCCGAGAUUGUGCUGGCGUACAUGGAGGGCAUCAAGGUCACUUUGAUCCUAGCCCUUAGUCUGACGGCUACGGCGUGCGUGCUGGUUGUCUUCGUUCCAAGGAAGAGGCUUAAUACAGAGGCGGUGCAGGGUGCUGUUGCAUGA